GUACGACCGGAUCAAACGAAGGAUGUCGAAAGAGGGUGGAACGGUCAAAUUGACAGCUGUUCAGCAUCUAACGGCCUCGGCUCAGGCAGGUAUAAUAACAGCUUUCGUGACAAAUCCAUUAUGGGUUGUCAAGACGCGAAUGUGCGCUACAAGUCAAAAUGAUCUCGGCGCAUAUAAAGGGUUAUUAGAUGGUCUCUACCGGAUAGCUAGAUACGAGGGAAUUCGCGGUUUGUACAGGGGAAUGAUUCCAGCAAUGUUUGGAGUGUCUCAUGGAGCCAUACAAUUUAUGGUUUAUGAGGAAAUGAAAAAGUGGGGAUACAAGAGAACUCCAGGAGAAAAUCGAGAUCGAUUGGAUAACUUUGAAUACCUCUUAAUGGCAGCUUCUUCCAAAAUAGUUGCGACCGUGGCAACUUAUCCAUAUCAGCUUGUACGCGCGCGGUUGCAAAAUCAAAAAUUAGAACAAGAAUAUCUCGGAGUGAUUGGUACUAUUAAAAAAACCUAUAGGUUCGAAGGAGUUCUAGGAUUUUACAAAGGUCUAGCUCCCAAUGUUAUAAGGGUUCUUCCCGGUACAUGCAUAACGUUUUUAGUUUACGAGAACAUGUGUGCAUUUUUCAGGGAUCAUGCGAGAUAUAACGAUUGA